CAUUCUGCUGCUUGAAUAAAUCCAUGGCUUCAAUCCUCUGCUGGAACAGGACAAGGGUUCACUCAUUAUUCCUGCAGACCACAAAUCAGCCUUAAAAUACGGGUUAAACUAACACCACAAGCGCUCCUGACAAACAGUCGAAGAUGGCGAAGAAGUCGACGGUUGACUUCCAGAUGCUGGCUGCAGAAGGAGGCCUUAAGGAACUGGUACUGAGGUGGUUCACCGACACUCAGGCUCCACUCAUCCUGCAAAACGGAAACUUCCCUGACUGGUUCCAGGGACUCGCUGCAAGAAAGGAAGCAGAAGAUGUAUUGAGAGAUAAACCUCUGGGCUGUUUUCUCAUCCGCCUCAGUGAUAAAGCCAUUGGCUACAUCCUGUCCUACAAAGGCCUUGACAGGUGUCGCCAUUUUGUCAUUUCUCCAAGUCCAGAAGGACAGUUUGUGAUAGCUGGAGACUGUCAGCUGUUUGGCAGUCUGACCGAGCUGAUAGAGCAUUACAAGGUCAGCCCCAUCCAGCCGUUUGGGGAGUUCCUCACCUCCAGCUGCUGUGAGGAUGGUGCUGAUGAUCUGUAUGAUGUGGUCAAUGCCAAGAAGAGCUCAGGGGUCAAUGUUCAAGCUCUGCGGAUAUUGUGGGACCAGGUCGAGCCUGGGAAGAAACAACAGAUCCAACAACGUCAAAAAGAACCUCCUCCUGCGCUGUUACCUUCACUGCCUCCUAAAAUCAGAAGCAGGAAGCUGACAGGAACCGUGUCCGUGGAUGAAAUGUCACUUUCACCGGCCCCUCCUUCAGUACUAAAAAAGGGAAUGCCAUUGGGUUUUUCCCUCAGUGGAUCUUUACCAGACACAACUUUUCAUCCAAAUGAAGCCCAGACCAACCAGAACAGAAUGCAAAGACACAGUGGAAGGACAAACCCAGCGUUGGCCUCGAACAGAGACUCGGUCCACCCAACAGACUCAAACCUUUCAGGUCCUUUUUACAAAGAAAAUGUCUUGUGUGCUGAGCCGAAUCAGGUGGAGAGCAGGAGCCAAUCCCUGCCAUAUCUGGGCAACAGUAACAAGGAGGAAGAGGAGGAGGAGGAGGAGGAGGAGGAAGAAGAGGAGGAAGAAGAGAAGUACUCAAAUAAGUUUAACAACCUCUCCGUCACAGCAGUCUCCGUCCCACCAAAAAAGUUGAGCUGCCAAACGUACUCCCUCCAUGCUCCCUCUCAAGAUUUGACACAGAGAAGGUCAGAGGCCAGGUCAGAACCAGAGAAUGGCACCCUGGAUCAGUUGAGAUCCAAUCCCCUGUACCAGUCCUCUGACACUGCCACAAGAGGUCCAGCCCAGCAGGGAGACAACAUGUAUGCUGAGGUUCCUCGGGGGCCAACUGAUGACACAUAUGAGCAGAUCCCUGGAGACGGCGCUGUCCAAGGCAACACAUACGAGUCGGUGGAACACAUGAAGAACAAGAAGUCCAAAAGCACCUUGGGGAAAAAUAAUAAGAAAUGGAAAAAAUUCCUACCCGAUUACAGGAAGAAAUAAAUCGGGCAUCUCUAGUGGAAUCCUGCACAAAGCGUUCUUAGACCCGGACAUUCCUAUGCUAAGUUACAAAGGAAAAAAUUAGAGCACUUUAGUUGAUGAUCAUACAGGAACUUGAUCUUAGACUGAAAACCCAGAUGGGGAAAUUAAAUCACCUUUGAGCUUAAUCUUCUAAACAUAGAACAUCUGCCAAGACCUCAGGUAUUCAUGGAGCACAAGACUCUGUGAUUAAAGUGCCAAGCAUUGGAUUAAUUUGUAAAUAUUGGAAAAAAUGGGAAUCUAUAGCUUAGAGUUUAAGAGAGAGAAAGUGGGUUUAAUUGGCUUCAAAAAUACAUAAGAGGAAGAACAGAAACUUUCUAUCCUUACCUUUAAAAAACAGAUGGAAAUGUUGAUGAAAUCUUUAGAAAAUGUAACACACAAUGUGAAACAUCUUGAUGGAAGCUGGAUGCGGGUUUAUUACUUGUGUCUAUGGUUCCAUAAUUUUCUGUCCUCUACAAGCCCAAAGAUUCACUGUAUUUCUUCCUAGUGAUUUUUGUAUUAGCUGAAAAGAAAAGUACUCACUUGAUUUAUUUUGUAUUUUUGAAAUAUUCUGUCUUUAUUUAUUCAUAUCUUUCUAAUUGGUUAUUCUUUGUUACAUUUUCCUGUGGGGGAAUUUUUACUCUGUAAUUAUCGGGGACUCCAAGUCCAAGAAUUUCACUCAUGUUCUGUUGUUUUUUUGAACAUGACAAUAAACUUGAAAUUAACUGAA